AUUUGCAAAUCGAUGCAUUUGCAUCGCUGGUCCUCGUCAAAAGUUGGGAGAGUUUGGCUGCCUCUCAAAACGUUAUUGUGUUUAGCACCGCUUCACAGCGAAAUGAGGUGGGGCUUGGGAGGAGCUCUUAGAAUCCCAGAAUUUACGUUAACCUGCUUCCGAAACCUAAUCGCUCAGGAAAGAGAAAGGUGUUCCCCUUCCUAAAUCGUAUGUGGCAUCACAAAAGAGCUUUUUUGCGUUGAACCCUAACGGAGUGCAGAGGAAACCCCUCUGAGCGUGCAUGCCUGCGUGCAGGUGGCUGUGUUUGUGUUACCAGCGAGUUCUCUUAGUAUUUGGAAAAAGCCUCAAAAUCAAAGUAUUUUUGCCUGCAGUACAAAUUAGAUCACUGUAUGGAUUAACCAAAGUUUGUGUUGCUAUAACGUAACUUUUGUUGCUUCUCCAUGCAAAACUUCCCAGCGUAACUGCCGCUACCCGCAGAAAAUAAACAAUUAUUUUAAAUUAUUUGGUCAAAACGUCAAAGGCAUUUCACCGACAAUGGCAAGAAAAGCAGAAGGGGACAAGUAGGGUUGACCAGGGUGCUGCCCUGCUGAGUCCACCUGGCUCUGGGGUAAGCCUGCAGACGUGCCCGUCAGAAGCUGGAAAGUUCCACCCAGACCUCAUGAAGCUGCAACCCAUGAGGGAAUCUGCUGCCAAGCGCUAAAAAAGCCCUUCAAGAAAAAAGGCAAAAUUCAUCUUCUUUUGUGGGAAGGAAUGACUUCUGUUAAAAGAACCAGAGAGGAGAAAAAUUCUGCUUAAAAGUGUAAGGAAUUAAAUGAAGAAAAAUGUUGCAAAUGUUUUUGCAAGAAAAAAAUGACCUCCGCUGAAACCGUCAGAAAUUAGAUCUGAAGGGAGAAUGAAGGAUAUCCUUAAAUUCCUUCAGUUUGUAAAUAGUGAAGGAUGUUGAUAAUCCAAAAACUGAAAGAUGUAAGAGUAGUUGUCCAGUAAAAACUGUACAAGUGACCCCUUUUCUAACGGUAUCAGCCACACCUACUCAUAGUUUUAGUCGGGUUUUAUAAUGUUACGUAAUUGAUUGUAAUCAAAUCUGUCAAAACGGCAUCGGCCUCAAAGACAGUAAGGUUCCAAUAGUGCUGUGAGGAUCACAGCUGUAGGUGCAGAAGACACCCCGCUGAGAGUGACCGAGAGCUUUAGUCAUCGUUUGACCCAGCGAGCGUGUAUUGGCAUUAUCUGGCUUGUCAGCCCACAGGCUUACCACAGAUUUAAUCAGCGCGUGCCUGAAGUCCCAAUGCACGCAGCAAAUGAUGUUCUCGCUCAUCCUACAGGCCAACAGAGACAGCUGAUCCGUAACAGUCGAACGCUUUGGCAGAUUUCCUAGUACGGGACCUGGGAAGGCUUGGGGAUCGUUGUCUGGGUCUCGGGGCACAGCCUGCUGGAGGCACUGGAGGUGGCUUGGUUCCUGGUCAUGCCCGGUGGAAGGAGGGGACCCAGCCGGCAGCAGCUAAGCCGUUCAGCUUUGCCUUCUCUCCAGACGCUGGUUGGCGGGAGCUGCGGAAACGGUACCGGUUUGAGAAACAGGAAUGGUAGUGCCAUCAGCCUCUCUGCGCCUCCGAUCACAGCACUGAUUACUCCAGAGCCUGUACGUCACUGCCGGAUCCCUGACCUGCCGUUGGAUGGGAGUCUUCUCUUUGAAUUCCUGUUCUUCAUCUACCUACUGGUAGCCCUCUUCAUUCAGUACAUCAACAUCUACAAGACUGUCUGGUGGUACCCAUACAAUCACCCUGCUUCCUGCACCUCACUGAAUUUUCACCUCAUUGACUACCACCUGGCGGCGUUUAUCACAGUGAUGCUGGCGCGGAGGCUGGUGUGGGCCCUCAUCUCUGAGGCCUCUCAGGUGGGUGCGACAUCAGUGAUUCACUACCUGGUGCGCCUGGUGCUGCUCACCCUUUGUGGAUGGGUGCUCUGCUGGACUUUGGUCAACCUCUUCCGCAGCCAUUCUGUUCUCAACCUUCUCUUCCUGGGCUACCCGUUUGGUGUCUAUGUUCCUCUGUGCUGCUUCCACCAGGACAGCAGAGCACAGCCCCUACCUGCGGACUGUGGUUACUUGGUACAGGACCAGAUGGUGGAUGAUGGGGCUUCAGCUGUCAGCAGCCUGGUCAAACCCAAAGAUUUCUUCUCACUUCUGUGGGAAUCCCUGAGAGAACAGUUCAAUAAUCCUACGUCUAUCCCCACCCACAGCUGCCCCCUCUCCCCAGAUCUCAUCCGCAAUGAGGUGGAGUGCCUAAAAGCAGAUUUCAACCGCAGGAUCAAGGAAGUUCUCUUCAACUCCCUCUUCAGUGCCUACUAUGUGGCGUUCCUGCCACUGUGUUUUGUGAAGAGCACCCAGUACUAUGACAUGCGCUGGUCCUGUGAGCACCUCAUCAUGGUGUGGAUCAAUGCCUUUGUCAUGCUCACCACUCAGCUGCUGCCUCCCAAGUACUGUGACCUGCUCCACAGAUCAGCCGCCCACCUCGGCAAGUGGCAGAAACUAGAACAUGGCUCCUACAGCAAUGCUCCACAGCAUAUCUGGUCAGAAAACACAAUAUGGCCACAAGGAGUUCUGGUGCGACGUAGCCGAUGCCUGUAUAAAGCAGUUGGGCCUUACAACGUAGCAGUGCCUUCAGACGUGUCCCACGCCCGCUUUUAUUUCCUUUUUCACCGUCCAUUACGGCUGCUCAACCUGUUGAUUCUCAUCGAAGGCAGUGUGGUCUGCUACCAGCUCUACUCACUGCUGCGCUCAGAGAAGUGGAACCAUACCCUCUCCAUGGCCCUCAUCCUUUUCUGCAAUUAUUAUGUCUUAUUUAAGCUCCUCCGGGACCGGAUAGUAUUAGGCAGGGCAUACUCCUACCCACUUAACAACUAUGGACUCAAGGCACACUAGGCUGGCCAAACGUGUACCCCUUCUCUUUCCAGGCAGGGAGGGAACCUCAGAAAAAAAAAAAAUAUUU